GAAAAUGUUGGCCCAGGAAAUUUGAAAUCAGAAACGUUUGUUGGGGAUUUAGAUUUUCCAACCAUAGUUAUAAGUUCUUCAGAGGAAAAUUGCACCCCACUACCCCUACCAACAACAUUUCUUCCGCGACCUGCAUUUUCCAGCCCUUGUUUGCAAAACUGCAGCGAUACAGACAACUUUGAAGAUUCGUUUGUUUCUUCCGCAAAUCCUGACUUUCCCCCUAGUUUUAACCAAAGCAGCAAUGUGUCAGAUAAUGAAUUAAGUUUUGAUUCUUUUGAUUCUAAAAUUCAUAAUUCAGAUGCCGUUUCAGCGGACGCAUUCUUUCCAACUGCAGAUUUCAAAUCUUCUCCUCAUAAACCAUUUCGUGGUCGUCGUUGCAGUGACGGUACCAUCAACGUUGCAGAUCUUCGACGAACUGCGUCCAAACUAAGCGCACUAUCUGCCCACGUUCAUCAGAACGGGACUCGGUCACACCGCAGUAGCCCACAGAGCAACUUCAACAAUCGGGCACUUCAGAAUAAAGUUUUACAAAGCAAUACAACACUUGGACCAAACGCUACAGUGGUCUCACCAAUCAAGGUUUUCGUAAAAUCUCCAACCAAAGAGUCUCUGGAUAACAUUGAGACACCUCUAUCGGAUAAGUCUAACCAAAUAUCGAACGCUUUCACAAAUCAAACUAAAUUGGAAUCGCAACAAAAUGGGGAUUUAUCAUUUAGCCACAGCACUGCAGUAGUGAACUUGCCGCCAGAGAAAAACUCUUUAUCUACAAGGACCGAGAAAGUUUUGCCCAAUAAAUCAAAGUCUCUCCCCCGAGAUUGCUCUCCAUCAAGAAGCACUCCAUCCUCACAGUUCAAACCAAGACAUCAAAGGUUAUCAAGUGACUCGUCAAGUGCUUCAAUACAAAGGUUUGGGAAAGCUUCUACAUCCCCAAAUUUCAUUAAUCUUACAUCCCCACGGCCUCGACUGGACGUUGUAACUGAAUCGCUUUCAAGUAGCAACGAUACAACAAUUGCAAUUCGUCGAACAAAAUCACUUUUAUCGAAAAGCCCAAGUUUACUUCGAAAAAGUCCAACAAUAUCUUCAAGAACCCAGAGCUCUUAUAGGGAGCUUGGUCUCAAUCAAACACCAAAGACAAGUGAAAAUAAGGAAGUUGUUCCGCACUUGCCUCCUAAGUCUCCAAGUACUUCCAGACAUCAUUCUGACGCAAGUUUAACGCCAUCUACUCGCCAUAAAAGAAAAAAAUCUUACCAGAACCAGACAGCUGCUCGCAACAAGAACUGGAAGCCAGUGAUCGAUAAUCCUGAAAUGAUGACGAACUUACAAUAUGAAGGACAUUAUCAUGAUGACAGCUCUGGUGAAGAUGAAUGCGAGACAGACGGUCGAGUUCCACGCAUGAAGAGCUUCGAUGCCGUUGUGUUUGAUGUUCUUAAAGUAGCACCCGAGGAAUUCGCAAAACAGCUAACCCUUCUCGACUUUCCCAUCUUCUGUGCCAUCCGACCGGACGAGCUUACAAGCUGCGGUUGGACGAAGAAAGAAAAGUCUAAACUUUCACCGAACGUGGUCGGUAUGACGCAACGUUUCAACCACACGAGUUUCUGGGUGAUUCGGGAAAUCUUGAAUGCAAGCACGCUCAAAAUUCGAGCAGAAGUUCUUAUUCACUUUAUUAAAAUAGCGAAGAAACUUGUUGAUUUAAACAACCUGCACAGUUUGAUGGCGGUCGUUCAAUCGCUCAGCAGUUCUUCCAUAUUUCGACUCACCAAAACUUGGGCGCUUGUGAAUCGACAUCAAAAAGCGACAUUUGAUCGCUUACUUGCGUUGGUUAAAGAAGACGACAACCGAUGGAUGCUACGGUCGCAUAUUGGUGCAAUCAAACUACCAUGUAUACCUUUCCUCGGCAUGUACUUGUCGGACAUUAUGUACAUUAACUCAGCCCACCCCGAUACUGGGGGGUUGGAAAGCCAUGACAGAACAAAUAAGAUGAACAACAUACUUCGUGUUAUUGCUGAGUUUCAACAAUCAAAAUAUGAUCACUUACAAGAGUUGCCACACAUAAAGAAUUAUCUCAACUCAGUCAAAUACAUUGAGGAGCUUCAAAAGUUUCUGGAAGAAGACAACUACAAACUCUCCCUAAAGAUUGAGCCUUCACUCAACCAAGCAACUACAACACCUGAAAGGAAACUCCAUCGUUCUCGUGAAGAGUUGACUCCAGCCAAAAACGUUCGUGUUGAAACUCAUUUAAACCGUCACGUGUCGCAAACCCCUCCUGUACAACAACGAUUUGUGCCGGGUCAUCGAAAAUCAAGGAGUUUAGGAAAAGAAUUUGCGUUUACCAAUCCCUCGAGUACAAGAGCAAAGUCGGACAGCUCAAAAAUACAGAAAAGGCGGUCACUGUACAGUCGUUCAAAACAGCGCAACGGGACGGUAUGGUACAUUUCACCGACGCGAUACUCAUCCGAAUCCCUUGAUACAAGCGGAAGUCUUCCACGUUCAGCCCUCCCUCCCUCCACAGUGACGACAUCACUCCUGGAUGACAGCAUCAUCACCACUCCUUCUUCCCUCGCAUCUUCUUCCUCAUCCGCAACCAGGAUGUCGAUCGCCGGCGGCAACAGCGGCUCCAUCGGCAGCAGUCGUUCAAACUCCGGUUCCGAGUUCAGCGAGCAAGACGAGAUGUCAUGGUCCACUGACCGGCCAGCAGAGUUAUCACUGGAGUUUCAAACUUGUCAGUUUGAAAGUUACCUUCGUCGCAAGUGUGUUUUGAAACACGGGAAGAAACCAACGAUGUCACAUUGGACGAAGUAUUGGGUGUGCCUAUGCAACACACAGUUGGUAUAUUACGCGGCGAAGACAAUAAGAGGACAAGAUAGAAACCAUUUUAAAGCCCGGCCAUGCAAAGCUGUUCCAAUCGAUGGUUGGAUGGUUUUAUAUUCAGAAGAUCCUUCACGUCUUGAUUGUUUUCAACUAUCCAACCCUGAGAGUGGAAAUAUUUAUCGAUUUCAAGCGGAAAGCAAAGAAAUUGCGCUUGUGUGGAUAAACAACCUCAAAGAGGCGGUCAAGGGUUAUCCCCAGCCUGAACGUGAUCUGAUCAAUCUGGAAGACACGUGACCAGAAUAUUCACUCAGUUCAACAUUAACUGUGUAGAAAGUGCAUCAGUGGCAGUGCAAGCUCGCUACAAGGACACUGUGAUAAGCCCUGGUUGAGCAUUCGAACCUUGGUUGAAAGCCGUCGCAAUUAUUUUUAAAAAAUCGUUUGCGACAUUUUUAACAUUUUUUAACAAAGACAAACAGAUACAUUAUUUAAGAGUUUACAAAGUUUUUCAAUUUCUCCCACAAUGCAUCGUUACCACUGUUGGCGAGGCUUGUUGUUUGGGCGUCUGGUGCCGUACUUGAAUUUGGUGCCACUACUAAGCUGAAUGGAAACAGUUUCGAAAAAUAACAUCAAGUGCUUCAACAUCAGAUCUUUAUUUGUUUUACUUCUUCUGCUUAAAUGUUGCAACAGUAAGGAACUAGAUAGCACUUUGUUGCAGCACAUUUAAAAAUUGCGGACUCUUUUCAAGACACAACGCAAAUGAAGCUACGUUUAAUUUUCACGCUGCUGACUGCUUGUAGUUGUAAGUGCUUUGUUGCCGUGACAACUCCAGUAAUGUGGUCAACCCUUCUAUUUAUACCUGGUAUAGAAGUGCCUCUGCUUGGUGCUUAGGAACUGCCAUUAAUAGUUUAUUGCGAAUACUUGCUCUCGUACAAAUGAUAAUAAAGCAUUUACGAACCCUU